GAACAGAUGGAAACAGAAGCAGAGGGAGAGGACUGUGGAGGAGCAGAACCAGCCAGGAACUCAGAUCCAGAUACACAUUUACAACCAGAGACUGAUGACAAGACUGAGGAGUCUUCUGAACCAGAGACUGAUGACAGUGAUGAUUGGAAGGAGACCAGAGAACCUCAGUCAGGUUUAAACUUUCUGAAAAAUGAUCAAGUCUCUGUCAGUGAUUUGAUUGUUGGUGAGAAACCAUUUAGCUGCUCCGAGUGUGGGAAAAGAUUUGGUCACAGGGUACAUCUGACAAUUCACAUGAGAUCUCAUACAGGGGAGAAACCAUUUAGCUGCUCUGAGUGUGGGAAAAGAUAUAGUCGGAGGGGACAUCUGAAGAUUCAUAUGAGAUCUCAUACAGGAGAGAAACCAUUUAGCUGCUCUGAGUGUGGGAAAAGAUUUGGUUACAGUGGAGUUCUGAGAGACCACAUGAGAUCUCAUACAGGAGAAAAACCAUUUAGCUGCUCUGUGUGUGGGAAAAGAUGUAGUCGGAGGGAACAUCUGAAGGUUCAUAUGAGAUGUCAUACAGGAGAGAAACCAUUUAGCUGCUCUGAGUGUGGCAAAACCUUUGGUCAAAGUGGAGGUCUGAAGAUUCACAUGAGAUCUCAUACAGGAGAAAAACCAUUUAGCUGCUCUGACUGUGGAAAAAGAUUUGGUCAAAAGUUGCAUCUGUAUAAACACAUGAGAGCUCAUACAGGAGAGUUCACAUCCACUCCUGUCCCUGUGAAGAGUGACGAUGAUGAAGAGAAACCUCAGUCGGGUUUAUACUCUCUGAAAAAUGAUCACGUCCCUGUCAAUAAUUUGAUUGUUGGUGGGAAACUAUUUAGCUGCUCUGAGUGUGGGAAAAGAUUUCAACAAAAGGGACAUCUGACAGCACACAUGAGAUCUCAUACAGGGGAGAAACCAUUUGGCUGCUCUGAGUGUGGCAAAAGAUUUGGUCGUAGUGGAAGUCUGAGAGACCACAUGAGAUCUCAUACAGGAGAAAAACCAUUUAGCUGCUCUGUGUGUGGGAAAAGAUUUAGUCGGAGGGAACAUCUGAAGAUUCAUAUGAGAUCUCAUACAGGAGAGAAACCAUUUAGCUGCACUGAGUGUGGCAAAACCUUUGGUCAAAGUGGAGGUCUGAAAAUUCACAUGAGAUCUCAUACAGGAGAAAAACCAUUUAGCUGCUCUGAGUGUGGCAAAAGCUUUACUCAAAAUGGAAGUCUUAAGGAACACAUGAGAUCUCAUACAGGAGAAAAACCAUUUAGCUGCUCUGAGUGUGGCAAAAGAUUUACUCAAAAUGGAAGUCUGAAGGAACACAUGAGAGCUCAUACAGGAGAGUUCACAUCAACUCCUGUCCCUGUCAAGAGUGACGAUGAUGAAGAGAAACCUCAGUCCCCACAGCUUCAUCAAAAACAAACGCAGCAGAUGAGAACAGAAGUGGAAGGAGAGGACUGUGGAGGACCAGAACCAGCCAGGAAUUUGGAUCUGUGUAGACAUUUACAACCUGAGACUGAUGACCACACUGGAGCAUCUUCUGAACCAGAAAUUGAUGACAGUGAUGGUUGGAAGCAGACCUCAGUCGGGUUUAAACUCUCUGAAAAAUGAUCACGUCCCCGUCAAUAAUUUGAUUGAUGGGAAACUAUUUAGCUGCUCUGAGUGUGGGAAAAGAUUUGGUGAAAAGGGAAGUUUAAAGAAACACAUAAAAUAUCAUACAGAAGAGAAACCAUUCAGCUGCUUGGAGUGUGGGAAAAGAUUUGGUUACAAUAUACACAUGAAAAUUCAUGAAGAAGAAAAAUGAUUCAGCAGUUCAGUCUUAAAAAAAAAAAAACAGUGACAAGCGUGUUACAGCAUAAUACAUUUUUUGAUUGUGUUGCCUUUUUUUUAAAACACUAUGUUGUAAUUUACUUUAUUACUAUUAUUUUGAUUUUUCAUUUCCUGUUUUAUUUAUUUAGCUUAUGUAAUUAUUCUGUCAUCCCAUAGUAUUUUUUUAUGGUAUGUCUUUUAACUGUGUAUCUUUUAUUAUUGAGUUUUAGUGGGAAUAAGUUGUACUGUUCUUGUAAAAUUAA